AUUCUAAAAAAUAGCAAUGGAGACACAGAUUCAUAUGCAUGAAGAUGUCCAGGGGCAAUCAACAAAGAGGUUGAGGGGCAAAGUUGCUGUUAUAACUGGCGGAGCAAGAGGGAUUGGGGCGGCGACAGCAAAAACAUUUGCAGAAAAUGGGGCUAGUGUUGUUAUUGCUGAUAUCCUCGACGAAUUGGGUGGCAGUUUAGCUGAUUCAAUAGGAGGAAAAUAUAUUCAUUGUAAUGUCGUUAAUGAAGCUGAUGUAGAAGCAGCUAUUAAUCUUGCAUUGGCUUGGAAAGGCAAAAUAGAUAUCAUGUUCAAUAAUGCUGGUAUUGCAGGUCCUGGUGGAAGCAUAACCAAUCUCGAUAUGCAGCAAGUAAAAAACUUAUUCUCAGUUAAUGUGGGUGGAAUUUUUCACGGGAUCAAGCACGCUGCGGCAGCUAUGAUCAAAGCUCGAACUGAGGGUUGCAUCAUAUGUACUUCGAGCUCUGCAGCUAUAAUGGGAGGAUUAGGGUCACAUCCCUACACAUCGUCGAAAGAGGCUAUCCUUGGAUUGAUGAAGAGCAGUGCUUGUGAGUUAGGCGUGUAUGGAAUUCGAGUUAAUUGCAUUUCGCCUCAUGGGGUUCCUUCGGAUAUGCUUGUUAAUGCGUAUAGAAGGAUACUGGGGAAAGAGGACAUGCAGCCUGAAGAAGUGAGCAAGAUUGUGGGGGAAAGUGGAAGUCUUUUGCGGGGGAAAUGUGCGAGUGUAGAAGAUGUAGCUCAGGCUGCAUUGUUUCUUGCCAGUGAAGAAUCCAGGUUCAUAACAGCACAUAAUCUUGUCAUCGAUGGAGGUUAUACCUCUGCUAAUAGUAACAUGUCUUUCAUUUACCAAUAAUCAGAUGGAACACAAAAAUAGCAUAUAAUGAUUAAAAAAACAAACAGAAGUUAGAGCAAUGCUCGACUUCUAGGACAAUAUAUCUUCUGUACAAAAUUUAUCACUUUCACCCUCUCUCUACACUAGCAUAAGCUCCAUAACCUCCAUUAUCACGGCCAACUAGUUGGAUAGUUUAACUUGUUAAUAUCUGAUUUGUUCACUGUCUUUCUUCCCCGACUAACCUGUACUUUUCUUCUCAUCGUCCCUUCUUCAACGCAUCCUUCUUGUUCAACAACAGUGAAAUCAUCCAUGACAGUGUGAUUGUGGAGGUGUCACUGCCCCCUGCAAUCAAAUUCUACACAUGAAAUAAAGUUCAAUUAGUGUAUUGCUCAA